CAGAGCCUGUACUCCCCCAUACUGCUGUGUGUCUUCUAUGCGGAGAUGCUGGGAAGGAAGACACCGCUCAGGAUGAGGAACAGAAGUUUAAUCUGUCGCUUAUGGAAUGUACCAUUUGUAAUGAGAUUGUUCAUCCCGGCUGUAUCAAGAUGGGCAAAGCCGAAGCGGUUAUAAACACUGAGAUUCCCAACUGCUGGGAGUGUCCGAGAUGUAAGCGCGAAGGCCGGACAUGCAAGGACCCCCUGGAUGGGUCGGGGAAAAAACGUCCUGAUAAUGGCGAAGAUGCCGUGCGGUGGAAACUGACGGACGAUCAGGCUCCAGGCAAGAAGAAAACCACAGAUGAGAAUCAGGGACAUAAAAGGAAGAAGGAGAAGGAGCCGGUGCAGGAGGCAGGAGUGAAGAAAAAGGUAAAGUCUGAGAAAGAUAAGAAAAUUAAAAAGGAGCCUCAGACGCCAACCGAACCCACUCCGGUGCUGGACCGCUCCCACCAGCGAGAAAAGAUCGAGCGCUUCAAGCAGAUGUGUCAGAUGUUGGAGAGGGCUCGCAGCACCACCUCCAGUUCCAGCUCCGAUUCCGACUCCGAUUCCGACUCCAAAGGCUCGCGGGGGAGCAGCGACACGGGCGAAGGGGAGAGCCGGACUUCGCGCGUCAGCUUCAGUACCAGCUCGGACGAGGACGACGACAGAGCGAGCUCUACGGACGGACAGAACGGCACCAGGAACGGCAAACAGAAGUCGCCCAGAUCAAACUGCCGCGAGAAAGAGAACCGGAGAGGCGGUGGGGCCGCGGCCAAGAAGGGAACUUGUAGCAGGAAUGCAGUGCAACCCUUAUCCAGGAGCCAACUCUUAAAAAGGCCGCUGGUCCCGUCUCCGCCAAAACCCCCUCCCCUGCAACUAGAGAGACAUGUGGUACGACCCCCUCCUCACAGCCCCGAGCCGGACUCUCUCCCCCUGGACAGUGGAAUGGACCAUGUAAUGCAGAGGGGGGUCUGGCUCUCUGUAUUCAGGCACUUGGGACAGAAAGAGCUGUGUGUUUGUAUGCGGGUGUGCCGAACCUGGAACCGGUGGUGCUGCGACCGACGCCUCUGGACAUCCAUUGACUUGAGCAGGCGGAAAUCAAUCACCCCUCCGAUGCUGAGUGGUAUGGAAAUAGAAGGAAGAGGGCUAAUCAUUUCUCUUUGCUCAUUCUCGUCAUUCUCUCUCUUAGGAUUAAAGGAACUUCUAUUGGCUGGAUGUACAUGGAGCGCAGUCUCCUCUCUCUGUACUGCCUCCUUCCCCUGCCUGUCUCUGCUGGACCUCGGCUGGGUACAGGGCAUGAAAACUUCCCACCUCCGUGAGCUGCUCUCACCUCCCACCACCGACUGCAAGACAGUUGUGUCGGACCCCCGGGGCCGGUUGCCCUCCCUCUCUGACCUGCGGCUGUGCGGUUUGGAUAUGGGGGACUCUGCCCUCCGUUUGCUGCUUCGCCACACUCCUCGUCUCAACCGCCUGGAUCUGAGUCACUGCGUCCAGAUCAGUGACCACGGGAUCCACAUACUGACCGCAGUCACCUCCCCGCUGAGGGACAGCCUCACUCACCUCAACCUCACAGGGUGUCUCCGUCUGACUGACCAAUCUCUGGCCUUCUUCAAGCGCUGCCCCCACCUGCAGCUGGUGGACCUGCGCUCGUGCCGCCUCCUCACCAGCGAGGGCUUUCAGCGGUUGCUUCAGGAUCCUCCCUCUGAGCCCAACGUGAAACCCUUCCAAUGCGCCGAGGAGCAAGUCCUGAGCCGGGAAACCUAGAGGCGCAAGAAAAGGCCUCCUGACAAGGCACUCCUGCCCCGGACAGGGGCUAUUCUACUGUAUCUGCCUCUUCUACAUGCCCAGAUGCUGCCGCUGGGCCUGGAAAGUGAGGUUGCACUGAACUCCUUGACUUACGCUGCGGAAACGACAGCUGGUGGUAGCCGGAAGCUGUCGCCGCGCCUGGAAUGGAAGCGGUUCGUCGUUGGGGGAAGGAACUUCUUUUAUCUGGACUUGACCAUUUGGGGUGUGGACACCCUGAAAUAUAUUAAAAUAGGGGGGAGGGGCACAAAUGGGCUCAAUACCUCUUUGCAGCCUAUCGCAGGCUUGUUUAAUCCAUGGUCGCCCUCUCUCUACCCUGCUGCGUUCUCCUGACAUGACGCAAUGCAUGCACGGCAGCGCUAGCGCACGCCAAGGAGAGGGGCAAUGGUUUACUGUCAUUAAAGGGUCUGGGUGGUCGUGGGUUUUUUUGGGUGGGCGGGGUGACAUUCUGCAGGAUGGAUAUAAGGGGUUGGGAUGUACUUGAUGCCACAUAGUUUUUGGGGGGAACUGAGGGCCUCUGGGAAAUUUUGGGGUACAAAACUGCAGGGUUCUAAAGGGUUCAGCUAAUUUGCUCACUGAAUCCCGUCCUGCUAAAGGCGCUUAGGAGGGUUCGAGAGGCAGAAAGCGCCUCUAGCCUUAUUCUCAGGGUAAGGGCGAUCUGUGCCUGGCGCGUCACGGCGCCGGGCACAUCGAUACCGAGUAUCUUCUUAUCUCACUGGUGUUAUUAAAGUUUUACUCCACCUGUUUCGUAUUUGUUUUCAAGACAGGACAGUGAAAUCGUCAACUUCCUAAACAGUAUGUAUUGCCUACCUUGGUCUGCCACGCUUUCCUUCAGUGAAUCAGUGGUUAAGGUUCACUUCGUUGCCAUGGGAAAGCUGCGUAUGGAGCCGCCGCCCCCCCCCAGUGAGGGAGUGUUCUUCUGAACACAUCAUUCCAUUUAUCUACAGUUUCCAAGCAGACCACAAUAAAAAGUUGAACAUUCCCCUUUAAAUAUCA